UGCGCCCUCACUUUCCAGUAUUGGAUGUCCAUCAUCUGAAACACUUUCAAAUCGGUAAGUGGUCAGUGUCACAUAGUUUUCAUUUCCAUUUUAUGUAUGGAAACAUUUCUAGUGUUCCAACACACCUACACUAUCCGUAGAGAGGACCAGCUGCCUGUGACGGAAAGACUCGAAAAUCCUGACAGCACCAUGGAUGCCACUGAGGUUCUAGAGGAAAGUCUACAGAACAUGAGCAUCCAGGAUGCUGAAAUCCAGAACAUGGAUGAGCAGGAGAUAAAUGACCUGAAGAAUAGUGUAAUUGAUUGGGGUGAUGGUGGAGGUGUCAAUAAUGAUGAAGACAUUGAAGCAGAUGACAGUCAGUAUGAGGACUAUGUCCCUCAUAUUAGUAUUCGGAUGGGUGGAGCAUUGCAGGCACCACCAUGCCUAGACAGUCUGCCUUUGAUAGAUGCAAGUGAGACAGUACAUGACAUCCCGGAUAUAGAGCCUCCAUCAGUCGACCUACCUCCACCUCAUCAACCUAAUUUCCCUACACUGGAUGUCAUGACUGAAGACGACCUAAUUGGUAAACAAGCCUCCAUCACAUAUGAGGAUUGUUUGGAGCAGCUAGCAAUAACCCUUGUGCUUCCAGUCCAAAAGUGCCCAUACAGAUGUGGUGUCAGCCAAGUGGAGUGUCAGUACCGUCCUCCCUUUGAAGUUACCAUUACUCGCAGGGGUACUGCGAGCAUCAUGGAAUGGACCUGUCCUGUUGGCCAUGCUGUUUGGAGAUGGAGCUCACAGCCUACUGUGAAAUACAGGAUGCUGGCAGGGGACUUUAUGUUGGCCAGCAAUAUCCUGCUCUCAGGGAACAACUACGCCAAAAUCUCUCUUCUGUUUCAGUUCAUGAACAUGGGGAUGGUGGACCAGAGUUCCUUCUUCAGUAUUCAGGACACAUAUUGUGUAGAUACUGUAAAGGAAUUUUGGGAGGAGAGGAGGGCUGAGGCUAUACAUCGCCUAAAAGACAGAGAUGUGGUGAUAGUAGCGGAUGGAAGAAUGGACAGCCCUGGACAUUGUGCCCAGUACUGUACAUACACUGCAAUGGAGAAUGAAUCAACGGAAAUAAUCUCUGUCAUCACUGUGGACAAAAGGGAGACUGGGCGAAAUUCCAUAAUCAUGGAGAGAGAGGCAUUUGUGCGGACAGUUGACGGGCUUCUGAAUGAGGUGAAGCUAGUGGAGGUCUGCACUGAUGCCCAUGUCCAGAUCUCUACCCUAAUGAACAAAGGAAAGUACAAAGACCUUGGGGUGCAGCACAGCCUGGAUAUGUGGCAUGGGGCUAAGAAUUUGGCAAAAAGGAUCCAUGCUGCUGCACAGGUCAAGGGUCAGUCAAGUUUGAGCUACUGGCUGAAAGAUAUUGUCAACCACUUUUGGUGGUGCUGCAAAACAGCAGAUUCUUACGAAGACUUCCAUGAGUUGUGGCUUGGACUUCUACAUCAUGUCACAAAUGAACACAAGUGGGUACUGGGAGGCUGCCAGCAUGCAGACUUGGAAUCUGGUGGAAGUCAACAGUGGCUUGUGAGAGACUCCAUGGCACAUGGGGCCCUGAAGAGCAUCGUUAGAAACAAGAGGUGGCUUAACGAGGUCCACAAAUACCUGAACUUUAGGUCCACUGCUGAUCUGGAGUCCUUCCAAAAUCACAUUUUAAUGUAUGCCAACAAGCGUACAGCAUUUAGCCCUCCUGUCUUUGAGGCCAGGAUGCUCCUUGCAGCGAUGGACUAUAAUUAUCACAAGGACCGCCCUGAGUUUUGCAAAUCAGAUGGAAGCAAACUGUAUAAGAGACUAUAUAACAAAAAUGCACGCAGGUAUAUGCUGUACACUGUGAAGGCAUCUAAGACGUAUGGCUACAUCCCACAACUGCAAACUAUGAUUCUUCGGAAGAGAAUAGCUGGGAAGGGGAUGCCCAGACGGAGGACACUUCGACCUGAUGACCCCAGGGCUACAUGCCACACUCCAAGUUAGAUAUCAUGCAUAAUACAACUAAAGUUGAUAUACACUAUUUUUUUUGGUUUCUCUCCUCAGUUCCAGCAUUCCAGACUGAAGACCAGUGAAGCCCAGUUUACAGAGCCUCGCAACCUUAGUUGUUGUCAUGUUGCAUUUAAUGUCACAAGCUGCUUCUCACCACUUUGAGACUAAAAAGAUUGUAAAGUACAAAGGAACUUAGUCAAGUUAUCUAUUUAUAUGUUUAUUAAACCUUUACCACUAUACCAUACUUUGUUUUGGUAUUGAUCCUCUACAUACUGAUUGUUGCAUUCCUAAUAUGCCAUCUUAUGGAAAAAGGCAUAACACUGUUAUUCUGAAUAAACUUUUUUAUCGAAAAAAGGAGAACGGUUCAUUACAAACUUAAAUCUAAAACAACCAUAUAAAACCAUAUAUACAGCAAUAAAUAACUGAAAGUAAACAGUUUACAGUAAAUCAAAAUAAAUAGUGGUUACAAAGCCUGAGUUUGAUUAAAUGGUGGGUACAAAGCCUGUGUACUGGCCCUGUGGGUCAGGGUAUUUGUCCCUUACUCUCCAUACA